CUGUUCCUGGUUAGCCACGGUCUGGCUACGACUGCACUCACAUCUGGCCUCAGUAGACACGGACAUAUGAAACAAGACACUGGCUUUUAGGAGAGCCAUUUCAUGAAUCCCUGGGAAACUGUAUCACAUCCUACAUCGAUGGCUGGCACAGACAAUGUAUUAAUUCCACUGGAGUGUCUGCUUCCCACAGGCAAACUCAAAUACUGCCUGGUGAUUCUCAACCAGCCUAUGGACGAUAAUCAGUUUCAGCGUCUGUGGAGCAAAGCUGCUGUUCGAGCGUGUGCUGAUGGGGGAGCAAAUGAACUUCAUCAUCAUACAAACGGAAUGCAAGAGAGAUUUCUACCUCAUUUCAUCAGUGGAGAUUUAGAUUCCAUUAGACCAGAAGUAAAAGAGUAUUACCAAGUCAAGGGAUGUGAGAUCAUCGAGACUCCAGAUCAAGAUCUCACUGACUUCACAAAAUGCCUUCAGAUACUACUGCACAAAAUAAAGCAACAAGCAUUGCAGGUUGAUGUCAUUGUUAUUCUCGGUGGACUUGGAGGACGUUUUGAUCAGACCAUGGCCAGUAUAGAGACGCUCUUUCAUGCCGCAAAGAUGACUGCUCUACCAGUUAUCAUCAUUCAGGACACAUCACUGGCCUGCUUACUACAGCCUGGCCACCACAGACUACAUGUAGACACAGGGCUGGAAGGUAAAUGGUGUGGACUCAUUCCAGUGGGAGCUCCAUGUAAGAGAGUGACAACUACUGGUCUCAAGUGGAAUCUGAGCUUUCAGCUGAGACUACACCACAUGCCAUACGGCUCCUCUGGUGUGAGAUAGAGUCGGAGGAGGACAAAGUGGCGAAGGUGAAGAAAAGAGCUUUAGGCCAGUGACCAAAUGUGAGGAAGUAGGAGAGCUGAGGAUGGAACCGAAUGACAGGGUUGCUCGGUGAGUUUGAGAAAUAGGCCAGGGGAGGUUGGGGAAUUCAGAGUCGGAAGUGAGGAGAUGUAGGUGUGAGCUGAGAAGAAUGGCUUCCGUCAUCGCCUUGUUAAGUUGAAAGAAAUUGAUGCCCAUCUAGGCCUUUGAUGUCUAACAGGCAAGUUGGCAAAACAUCAGUGAACCUGCAACUGUAAGUAGAAGUGAGAAAGUAGAUUUGUGUGUCACC